AACACCACCAAGCUACUCAAAUCACUCCCCAACCCCAACCAUUUUAAUUAAUUUCGAAGAAAAAGCAUCUGGUUUUCUCAUUUCUUUCUUCAUUCUUCAGUAAUGUCUCAACACAGAAAAAUUCAAGAAGAAAGCGAACGUGAAGAAGCUCCAAUCUAUGGAGAUAUCUUAGAAGCCGUUUUAUCCUACGUGCCUCUUAUCGACCUGGUUUCCGCGUCCCAAGUCUCCAGGGCCUGGAACGCCGCCGUUUCGUCGUCGCUCUUUAACCUCAAGGCGAUUAAGCCAUGGCUCAUUGUCCACACUCAGAGCAACAGGCCUCCCCACGCCGCGACAGCCCACGCGUACGACACACGCUCCGGCCACUGGAUUCAGAUCCACAACCAACCGCCGAUCGAGUACAUCUCCGCCCUCCGAUCCUCCCACUCCACGCUCUUCUACAUGCUCUCCUCUUCAAAGUUCGCCUUCUCCGCCGACCCCCUCCGGCUGACAUGGCACACCGCCGACGCGCCGCUCGUGUGGCGGACAGACCCGAUCGUCGCGAAGGUCGGCGACCUCGUCGUCGUCGCCGGCGGGGGGUGCGAGUACGAGGACGAUCCGCUCGCCGUCGAGGUAUACGAUCCUAAGACCCGCGCGUGGACCGUGUGCGAGUCGAUGCCGGAGAUGCUGAAGGACUCCGCCUGGUCGGCGUCAAUGUCGACCGCUGUGUACGGCGGCGAGCUGUUCGUGACUGAGAAAGACAUAGGCCUGACAUACGCGUUUGAUACGAACUCCAAGACCUGGCGCGGGCCGUACUAUCUCCUUCCCGAGCAGGGAGCUUUCUGCACGGUGAUCGAGUUCGCCGGCGGGAAUCUGAUCGCGGUGGGACUUCUAGGGAGCCCCGAGAGUGUCAAAGCCGUAAAAAUGUGGAAAUUCAGUGGCGAAUCGUUCGAGAAAUUUGAGGUCGUCGGGGAGAUGCCGACGGAGAUGGUGGAGAAGUUGAAGGGAGUGAGCUCGUGCCUGCAGUCCAUCACGGCGGUGGCGAGGGGCAAUUUCGUAUUUCUGCACAACCCGUCGGAGCCCGAGGAGGUGAUCCAGUGCGAGAUCGUGAGUGGGGGGUGCAAGUGGGGAAGCGUACGGAACGCGGUGGCCAAUGAUAGGACGCGGAUGCAGAGGAUGGUGGUGGGGUGUUCCGACGUGGCGUUAGGGGAUUUGCGGAGAGCCGUCGCGAUGGUUGGGAGGGCCUGAGAUGAAAAUCCAACUUCAAGUUGUUGGCUGACGGCGCGUUUGGGCGGAAGAUUUAAAUAAUGUGAUUUAAAUUAUUUUUA